AUGGGUCUCUCUAUUUCUAAACUUCUUCAAGGUCUAUUUGGCAGAAGGGAGAUGCGCAUCCUGAUGGUAGGUCUGGAUGCUGCAGGAAAGACCACCAUCUUGUAUAAGCUUAAACUUGGUGAAAUUGUUACCACUAUCCCUACUAUCGGGUUCAAUGUUGAGACUGUAGAGUACAAGAACAUUUCUUUCACUGUUUGGGAUGUUGGCGGUCAAGAUAAAAUCCGACCGUUAUGGCGUCAUUACUUCCAAAAUACUCAGGGUAUCAUCUUUGUAGUUGAUUCCAAUGAUCGUGAACGUAUUUCAGAAGCGCGUGAAGAGUUACAGCGUAUGCUCAACGAAGAUGAACUCCGCGAUGCUCUUCUUCUAGUCUUUGCCAACAAACAGGAUUUGCCAAAUGCCAUGAAUGCAGCAGAAAUCACUGACAAACUCGGUCUUCACUCUCUCAGACAGCGUCAUUGGUAUAUCCAAGCUACUUGUGCUACAAGUGGCGAUGGUCUUUAUGAAGGACUAGAGUGGUUGAGCACCAACUUGAAACGUAAAGUCUAA